UCAAAUUUACCAAGAAAGUGCAUAUAAGACAUGUACAGAAGAUGGCAUAUGGUUUCAUAAUGGUGAGAACCAUUGGACCAAUUAUACCGGAUCUAUUCGCCUCAUUUAUGAUCCGUUCGUUUAUGUUUAUAAUGAAAUGCUGGAUCGACUCCCGAGCUCUCCCGUCGUACGGUCCCUCCCCGUCCAACCCGUUA